CCGUGUUAGCCAAUCAGCUGGCAGAGAACGGAGUACACGCACCAAUCGCAUGCACCCGCAGUGUUCGCGUGGGCGUUGAUCCAAACUGACAGCAGUGUCAUCAGCGGUCGAUCCACAGUGGGACACUAAGGACAGACAGGGAGGGUGUCUCCGCUUCAAGAAGGAUUUUCUGUCGUCGUUGCCGAAAUACGACGUGGAAUUACACUGUAAUUGCUGCAUUCAUUUUGGAAUAUCAGCAGAUCUGAGGAUUAUUGCUGGACCGGAAUUGGAUCAAAUCUCCCAUACCACCAAUCCUUCCUCAUGAGGAAAGAUGGGGAAUGGAUUGUCAGAACAACCUAGCUUCGUCUCAAACGUCUCGUUCUUCCAGUCGUUUCACAUCGCCAUCCUCGGCCUGGACUCUGCAGGGAAGACCACCGUCCUCUACAGACUGCAGUUCAAUGAGUUUGUGAACACUGUGCCCACCAAAGGUUUCAAUGCGGAGAAGGUGAAAGUGUCUCUGGGCGGCCACAGGACUGUGACGUUCCAUUUCUGGGAUGUAGGUGGCCAGGAGAAGCUACGCCCCCUGUGGAAGUCGUACACGCGAUGCACGGAUGGCAUCAUAUUCGUGGUGGACUCUGUGGAUGUGGAGCGCAUGGAGGAGGCCAAGACGGAGCUCCAUAAAAUCGCCAAGACUUCUGAAAACCAGGGGGUGCCCCUGCUGGUGGUAGCCAAUAAACAGGACUUGAGACACUCUUUGGGACUUGCGGAAAUUGAGAAAUUACUGGCGCUGAAAGAACUGGGCCCUGCAACUCCCUGGCACCUGCAGUCAACCUGCGCUAUCAUAGGCGAUGGACUCAGGGAGGGCUUGGAUAGACUCCAUGACAUGAUCCUUAAAAGAAGAAAGGUGCUGCGACAGCAGAAGAAAAAGAGAUAAACUUGUCAUGAAAAAGACUUGUCUGUUAUAUGUGAAGGAAACAAAGGAUAUUCUCCUGGGUGGAUACAGGCAUCCGCUGCAGGCCAAGAUUCAAAAUGCUGAGUUUUAUCAGUGCAAAAUGGAGAUUUAGGAUUCCCAGUCUUGUUCUUGUGAUGAUUGAUGAGUUGUUCAGAAAGUGACACUUAAAGGAAUACAGUAUGAAGAUGAGAAAGUUUCAGACAUGUGUGGAAAUGUUAUAAAGAGUGUAUAUGGAUUAAAGAGCACUGAGGGUUUGGGGUCUGGAAGGGUGAUGGAUGUUAAGGAUGCUGUAUGUUUCAUGAACGGCUGUUCCAAACAAUAUUACCAAAACAUUUUUGGGCUGUGACUAGUUGAAGGGUUAUUUAGUAAAUGAUUGAAAAUUGUUACACCAGAGGGGCAAUGAAAUAUACAUCCGUUGUAUUUUACUGUGCUCUAUGUUAUUAUAUCUUGUUAAUCUUUACACUGGACUUUCUUUGUCAAAGAAAAGUAUUAUCGUGCAUUAUUAUCGACUUGCUUGCUGUCUUAUAUCAUUUUUUAAAAGCACUUUAGAUUCCUACUUCGUAUGAAGUUUACAGUUUUUAAAUAGAACAUAUAGUGUUUGAUUUUACAGCAAUGUUUGGGCAAAAUACAACAGAUGCUACUGUAGUUGGUCCACAUUGGCCACAUUGUCAUUAGACAGGUUAUGCAUUAUGUUUUGCUUAAUAAAACAUAUUUAGAGCAAUGUU